CGCGCCGACCCUGCGGCGAGGGUAAGCCGCAGGGCCGAUGUGAUCGGGGACCCCGUUGACAGAGCUUACAGUGUUACGGAAAUCUACACUCGGGUUCCUCGUGUUCAAAGGAGUUUUCUCUCGGAAGACAAGAUAACUGUUCAUUUCAUAAAUCGUGAUGGUGACAAACUAACAGCCAAAGGAAAACCUGGGGAUUCACUGCUGGAUGUUGUUGUUGAUAAUAAUCUGGACAUAGAUGGUUUUGGUGCAUGUGAAGGAACACUAGCCUGUUCAACUUGUCAUUUAAUCUUUGAAGACCACAUAUUUGAGAAACUAGAUGCAAUUACUGAUGAAGAGAUGGACAUGCUGGACUUGGCAUAUGGCCUCACAGAAACGUCACGUUUAGGCUGCCAAAUCUGCUUGAAGAAAUCGAUGGAUGAUAUGACUGUUCGAGUACCAGAAGCUGUUGCUGAUGCUAGACAAUCAGUAGAUAUGAGUAAAAACUCCUAAAAAAAAAAAAAAAUAUCUUAGGGGUUUUAAAGAAGCUUAAUUAUUUUUAUAACUUAUUUUUAAAUGUGUAAUUAAAUAUGGAAACUUACAUAAUUGUGAGUUAUUUUAUAUGACUAUCAAUAUUAGAUGAAUGCUAUUUUAAUUUUCUUUAUAAAACCUCCUAUAUUUUUACGCUUAAAAUGCAAUAAUACCUCUUAUAACUGAUCAUUGGAUUAUAAAUGUUGGCAAGUGUAUUACAGACUUCAUAUAACAUUAUUCUGCCAAAACCUUUAAUGACGUUUGAAAACUGGAUCACUUCUACCAGAAUUCUAAAAACCCCUGGGCAUUUCUAGGUUUCAGACCUGGAUGUGUGAGCGAACAAAACUUGUAAUACUGCAUGGGGUCUUCUUAAAGUGCUGUCAUUAAAGAUGGUGUACUCGGAGCUAAUUCAUGUUCUCAGUAAAGAGUGGAUUUUCAGGGUAGGGAUUUUCCAAACUUUGGAAUCUUAAUGAGAUGUGGCAAAUUUUGUCUUGCGAAAGUACUGUUAAAACCAUGAAAUCUAGGGGCUGGUGCAGAAUGUUGGCACCUGCAGCUUAAUUGCUGCAGUGCAUCUCUGUUGCCCGAAUAGAAGUCAAUAAACCUCAACUGUAUUCAUGUCUGACUACACCACAAACAUGGGGAUACACAUGGCUUAGAAGAGUAAAGCCUUGGAGCUGUCUAAUGGGAGAGCAUAACCACUGGAGGUAAAUGUAAGUUCUUGACGUUCCCUGAAGGUGGCUGAGUUGGGAUUGAAGAGAGUGAUGCUUGUCAAUGUAAGAUUUGUUCUGAAGUCUUCGUCCCUUACUUUUCCAGUUUUGAGCUUGUUCAGGAGGCAGUCUAAUGUUGGCUAGGGUUCUCAGCUUGAAGAGAUUGCUGGAUUCUGGGCCUUGCUCUCGGGAUCAUUUCAAUAAUGGUUGAUGUGAAAUGACCAAGUAUAUUUAUUCCAUAAAGACGGACUAGGUUCCCCAGAAGGGGUAGGGCGACCCCAUGGUGGGAUAGCGUGUGGACUGAUGAUGAAGAGCUCUUCAGUUGGAUCUUGUUAUAGUCUUUCUAAAGUAGACCAAAAUAAAAUAGCCCAAGACUCUUUAUUAUUCUCUCCAGUUUUUGUUGCCUAAACACUUAAGUGAAGUGGUUCUCAUUAAUAUAAUAGUUACACCCCAAAAUAUUAAAAUAACCUUACAAGGAUAGUAUCUCAUAUACAACAUGUUUAUUUACAUUUGAAUGGUCUAAUGCAUUCAGUAAUGCUGCAAUGGCAUCUAGACAUCUUUUCUUGCACUAUUAUAUUAGUGAGGGGGGGGGG